AUGACCUCUCUGACCUCACUUUCGCAGCUUUACGACUGUGCCGAGAGUCUGCUUGGGAGACAGCUGCUGCUUCCCGUUGAUGAGGAGUUUGUGCGGUCUGUGCACACCUCACCGCUCUCUGCUGCAAUUCAUGUGCAUUACAGAAAACUGCUGGCACGAACACGUCUUGAGGAGUCCACUGAGUCCUCCGGCAUACCGCAGCUCCUCUUUGCAUACGCCGGAGAUGCCGUUAUUUCUAGUCGUGAGGGAGAGUUUAUGGGGCCACUGUGCUCACCCAUGCGAAAGACACAUGGGGCGGUGCUGCAGUCUAAUCCGUACUUUGUGUCAGAGAAAAGCGAUGGAACACGGGUGAUUCUGGUAUCUCAUAUUUGCCCAGAGUUUCCAUCUUGGACUAUACAGGAGAGUAGCGGCACUUGUAUGGACACACUUCCCUUGGAUGAUGUUAUGACACUGGAAGAAGCCCGUCAGUAUUUAUACGAAAAUAACUCACCUCCGACGGCUUUCCAAGAAAUACAAUUAUCGCAUGGUCUGUUUCGCAUAGAAAUUCAGACAGGGACUUCAUCAAGUGAAGUUGAACUGUUUACACUAUACCGUCACACGGAACAUGAAACUAAUGAGGUCUCAGAGAAAAAAGGUUUGAAUGCUGAAAGAAGAAUAGGUACACGACAUAUGGCAUACUGUUUCGAUCGUUCCAUGGGUAAGGCCUAUCUUCUGUUAGAAGAAUAUAGGGUUCCCUCUCUUCAUUCUUUUGUUAUUGAUGCAGAGUUGAUGCUUACAGUUAAAACUGAAGCAGAUGAAAAUGUUCAGCUUCUUUUAGGUUGUUUCGAUAUUUAUCGCUAUACGUUUUUAGAGGAAGGUUCUCAGAAAGAUUUUCGUUUAACUCGUUGGUCAAUGUCUAAACGGUAUGCUGUGUUAAAGGAUCUUAUUAUAGAACCUUUACAUGAUUCAAAAAAAUUAUCUUUUACAAAGCCAUUAUUACAUAUUUUUGCAAAAGAAAUGCUUCCACUCAAAUGCUUUGGUGAAUGUAUAUCGAAUCUGCAUCGUCAUGAAACCAAUGAUGGUACGAGUGGUGUGGUGUAUUACUACAAGAGACCCUGUGGGGUAACGAAGAGUGAUGGAUUUAUUUUUACACCCGAAAAGUUUGACCUUGUUCAGGGCGCGAGCAAAGUUCAACUAAAGUGGAAGUGGCCUUCCAUGCUCUCAGUGGAUUGGAGUCUUACUGGUAUUGAAGGUCGUAAUAAUGAGUAUGUGGUUGAUAUGUUUUUCCGAAAGCGGCGUUUCGGUCAUCGACCUGACAGUGUAGGAAGGGUGCGUCUUUCUUCCUCUAUGACGUUUCUAAAUCCGCUUUCGUUGUCAAUUCCUACAACAUCUUCUGUUAUUGCUGAAUGUGUGUUUGAUCGGGACCAGAAUUGUUGGUCUAUUGAGCGUCUUCGCAGUGAUAAAUGUGAACCUAACUCUGUAGUUACUAUUAUUUCUGUGCUGGAGAGCCUUGUGGAGGACAUUAACCUCAGUGUACUUGUAGAUAUUAUUGGUAUGAGAGACACCUUGAAGGCUGAAUGUGUUCAACAUCUCCAAAAAACUGUAUGUGAAGGUCAUGAAAAGGAGAAGAAGAAAAAUGAGCAAAACGUUAGUUUACUACGGUCAAUGGAUGAGAAGAAGGUGUGUCAAUUAACACUUCGAGCUACACAAUUGCAAACACAGGGUGAACACGAAAUUCAUCUUUACUGGGCUGUGAGACUUUUAGGUGAAAAACAACAUAUUCCAUGCGUUCACUGUAAAGUAAGUGAAUGUAUGGGUUUGGGUUUUGACUGUCCUGUAGAAAAUAGCGCAUCAAGACUUACAGAGAAUUUGUAUAUUGCCUUGGCGAAUGCUGGUGGGAGCUAUGCGUGGUCAGAUUUUACAGUCAGUGUUGUUUUUGAUGGUUCUGUAGGACGUUGGAAAAUUGUUUCCCUCCAACCUAAUGGUGAUAACCGAAAGUCUACAUGUGUUGGUGUAAUUCAACACCUUCAGUGGCUUCUUUCUUGUGGUCAUGAGGAUGUAAUAAAGCUUCUCAAAUCACAUUCGAAUGAAGAUAAUCUACAGAAUAUCAUCGAAUCAAAAGUUGAUUCAAUAGUAGAAAGGACAAAUAUUCAUUAUGCCAGUAAAGUGAGGGAGUUGUCUACUGGUAAAAAUCGUAGUGUCCUACGUCAUUUUAAUAACUGGAUUAAAAGUCUGCUGAUUACUACUUCGGUAUCUUAUGUUAAACGAAACGGUGAUAAUCAGACUUUAUCUGACCGUCCUGCCGUGGCUGACUUUUGUUGUGGACGUGGUGGUGAUCUCUUUAAAUGGAGGGCCCACAAACCCAAAGUACUUUUUAUGACAGAUUCUUGUUUAGAGGCUGUUGCAGAGGCAGCAGCACGUUAUUGUGUUUCAAAGGGUUUGAGUUUGAAGGUAAUACCACAAGAUAAAGAAAAUACUGGUGUUCCUGCUUAUUUUUGCGUGUGUGAUGUUUUUGAUGAGAAUGGUACACUUGAUAUGGAGCUUAAUGGAUUCUUUCAAAAACAUUUGCAGGAACAGCGUCUGGACAUUAUUUCCUGCCAAUUUUCUAUUCACUACGGUUGUAGCACCGAAGAGCGUGUCUGUGCAUUUCUCCGUACUGUAUCCACGGCAUUACGUUCAGGUGGUGUUUUCAUUGGAACAACAGUGAAUGAUACGGAGUUGCUUCGUAGAGUGCGUGAACGUGGUGCUGAAUUUGGUAACGAUGUGUACCAAGUAAAGUUCCCUUCGAAUGACCCUCAAUGUACCUCAUUUGGUGUUGAAUACUUUGUAUCCAUUGAAAAGAGUGUAAGCGAACUUCCUGAGUACAUGGUUCCAUGGGAUCACUUUGUAACGCUUUGUAACUCUUUUAACCUUCAGUUGGUGGAAUCAUCUGGUUUUCUAGAGUAUGGUGAAUCGCACUACAACUCUCCGCUGGGUCAGGAGCUGCGUGACUCUGCUGGUGGAGGCGGGAAGCGCGAUACAGAUGGUCACGUUUUGAUUCGAUUGUCACCAGAAGAAAUGGAGGUGGCAGGGUUAUUCAGAACAUUUUUCUUUGUUAAAAACUGA